AUGGUGAAUUGGCAAACGUUGUUUAUGGUGUCACUAAGGCGACAGGGCAGUUCUUCUCGUUACAAAUAUAAGUUCAACAUGGAAAAUAUCACCCAUCGGGCGUUCCCUCGUUGUAAGCAGGCCUUUAAGGAGAAGAACUUAGCCUAUGAGUAUUGUGAUCUUGGGGGUACACUCUACAAUGUUUCACUUAUAGAGUUGCAAAGACUGCUACUGCGAGAUAUAAACGCUCCACAUGACCAUGUAUUCAAGAUUGUUAGAACGGAUUUGGGCGAGAAACCUCCAAAGAAUAGGAUCCAACAUUGGGAACAGAUCGCACCUAUUUUUGACCAUCCGCUAAGUCUCUAUGAAGCGACGUUAAACAGAAUGGACAAGGAUUUUAAACCCUCUUUUGAAUGGCAACAACUAAUUAGGAUACGAUCCAAAGAUGAUAAGUUGAAAUUACAACGCGUAAUUUGGCCCAAAUCUGUAUUUUCAAACUUUUGUAGGGGAAUAGGGGUUAAGAAAAGUACUUAUGAUAGACUUUCAAAAGAAAAUGAUGGAGAAGCACCUGUGUUUAUCAAUCCUGCUAAUGCAAAACCUUUACCUCUUUUUCAGAUCACUGAUGAUACCGUAGUCGGAGAAUUCGAUGGAAUUGGCAUCUUCCCUUACUUUGUAGAUACACACAAGGCAUUAUUUGUUACGGAGGUAGAUAAGUUGAAAACUAAGAUAGUCUCACCACUUUGUAACUUGAACGAACAAAAGCGUACCGAUAAGGCUAACGCGGGUCGGCUGCUGGAGAAUGAAAUGGGUAAACCAUUUUAUUUGGAUUCAAAGAGCGGUACGAGUCGGGUCGUAGAUGGUAAUAUCACUACUUUAAAGCGACUUUUGGAGAGAUCGAUUAGUCAUAAGACACUGUGGAGCAAACAAACAAACAAGGAUAGAACGUGCCCUGGUGAUAUUUUAAGAGCCACAGUGCUAUCUAACGACUUUUCCAUUACACAAUUGAGAGCUGAGUUUUGCAAAAAUUUCAUCCUCUACAAUAUAUUCACGAUUUUACAACGUAACAAGAAGAGUAUCCGUGCUUUCUCUUCUGACAGUAAUAUCUCUUCUUUUCAUUUUGAUUGGAAAGUUUGGGAUUCAUGCAUUUGGAAACAGUAUCAAGGGACCGAGUCCAUGCCACUACCCACGGAUCAAGCUUCUCUUGUCAGCUACAAAACAAAGUAUGAUUCAUUUCUUCAGGACCUACAAACAUAUUCCACACUAGUAAUUUCGGAAAUGAAAUGGAAUCAAUCUUCUAUUUUUCAAAAUGACGAAUUAUCUCUAUCAAGAUUUGAACACAUCGCAUUAGUUUUGCAGACCAUACUGACAAAAUCUCGAAUGAUAAAAACUUUUCAGCCAAACUUGUACAAGUUUAUGCAAGACGAUUUAAGACCAGUAACUCUUAUGGAAUCAGCAAAUUUCGUUGACUCGAUAAAUAAAACAAUAGUACCUGGCUUUGCUAGUGAACAGUCGUUGCAAUCUGCCAGUGCGUUGAUGAAGUUGGCCAACAAAAUGCUAUAUUUUGAACAAAAAGUAUACGCUGAGGAAUUUCGUGUUAACAGACCCAUUAAACUUCGUCCCUUGACAUUAUCAGAAAAUUACAAAAUUGUGAUUUUGGAUAAACAAAAUUCUAUACCCGAAAUAUUCAAGUCGUUAUUGAAGUUCAUGACGCAAAUAAAGACAUAUUUCGUGAGAGAUUUGACCGAGGUCGAACUCCAUGGGCAUAUGCACUGCAUUGAUAAAAAGAUGUUAGACAAUUCAACAUUCAUGUAUUUGUAUGAAUUGAAAUACAACGAAGCUAUUAGAGCAGCCCCUCCUCAAAAUGAGAAAAUCGUAGAUAAUAUCAUUGGCUUGUUAUCAAAUAAUGAAGAACAUUGA